CUUCUAAGUGCGCGUAAAUAUGUAGGAUACUAUAUCUCCGGAAAGGUGCGGAUUGGGUUUCGGUCGGUGUUGGUGGAGGUUUAGAGCUGUUGCGCCUCAGUCAAGUUCCCGAGCCGAGUGAGAGAGGCAGCACGCAGAGGAGUGGACUGAGGGAAGCGAGGAGGCGGUAAAGGGGGAUCCAGGGGAGUCUUUUCUUACCGAAACGGACUCGGUGUCAGAAGAAAGGAUUCAUUAGCAGUCAUGGCUACUGAAACGACGUCUUGUACGGGCUCCACUUUGCUGCAGCCCCUCAGCGACAUGAUUGACCUUCCUGUGGACCAGGUGAACUUUGUGGCCUGCCAGCUCUUUGCCCUGCUCACAGCCUGCUGGUUUCGGCUCUAUCUGCACCCCAGCAAGACCAGUCCCUUUAUCCGGCAUGUCGUGGCCACGCUGCUGGGCUUCUACCUGGCGCUCUUCUGCUUUGGCUGGUAUGCUUUACACUUUCUAGUGCAGAGCGGACUCACGUAUGGUAUCAUGAUCUUCACCGGGGUGGAGCACAUGCACAGAUACUGCUUUGUGGUUGCUCUGGGCUACCUCACCCUCUGCCAGAUCACCCGGGUCUAUGUUUUCGACUACGGCAUGUACUCGGCAGACUUCACUGGGCCCUUGAUGGUAAUCACGCAGAAGAUCAGCAGUCUGGCAUUUGAGAUCCAUGAUGGUCUAACAAAGAAGGAAGAGCAUCUCAAGCCUACUCAAAAGUAUCUUGCUGUCAGGAAAAUGCCAAGCCUUCUAGAGUAUUUGAGUUAUAACUGUAACUUCCUGGGCAUCCUGGCGGGUCCCACAUGCUCCUACAACGACUACACAGCUUUCAUCGAGGGCAGGAGCUAUCAGCACAAACAUGUGGAGUCAAAUGGGAAGGAGAAUGGCAAAUUCAAGCAGAGCGACCCCUCACCAAAGAGAGACGUGCUGGUGAAGCUGGGUACCUGCGCCCUUUGUCUGCUGGUCUAUCUAAUCUUCUAUCGCAUGUGUCCUGUGGAGCGCAUCAUCGACGAACAAUUCAUCACCUCCCAGCCCAUCUAUCUGCGCAUUUUCUACCUCUACCUGUCCAUGCUCAGCCUGCGGCCCAAGUACUAUUUCGUAUGGACGCUGGCCGACGCAAUCAACAACGCUGCUGGUUUUGGGUUCAAUGGUUACCACAAAGACGGCACUCCAAGAUGGGACCUGAUCUCAAACUUGAGAAUACUGGACAUAGAGCUUGCAACAAGCUUCAAGACAUUCCUCGACAACUGGAACAUUCAGACAGCACUUUGGCUUAAAAGGGUGUGUUAUGAACGCUGUCCGUACCACCCAACAGCAGCCACCUUCCUGCUCUCGGCCAUGUGGCACGGCGUGUACCCAGGAUACUACCUCACCUUCAUCACAGGCAUCGCCAUGACACUGGCAGCCCGGGCAGUAAGACAUAACGUAAGGCAGCACUUCCUGGGUUCCGCUACACACAAGCUCAUCUACGACGUGAUUACGUGGGCCAGCACGCAGAUCGCUAUCUGCUACACAGUGGUACCAUUCGUCGUGUUGGCGGUGGGACCUUCACUGAAGUUCUACUGGUCCUGGUACUUCUGUCUGCACGUGAUUUGCGUGCUGCUGGUCCUAGCCCUUCCUGUGAAGCGCAGAUCAUCACACAAGAAGCUGCAGGAAAAGCAGAGUGAGGCAGCGGAGGCGAGCGACUUCUCCAGCACAGACAGCAACUGCAACCAGAAACAGAAAACUUCCUGAAGAACACGCACAUCCAUCCACCUCUUACACACAGAGAACUCGCAUCAAGGCUGAUGAGCCAGAGCGGCUCUUUUCUCUCCCUCCACCCUAACCCGAAAGGGAUGUUACUAAAACGACAAUAAGGACAGACAAACGAGUGUGGUGAGCCUCAGAGAACGGUACUGGGGCUAAUCAUGCUUCGGUUUACAAUGGGGAAAUUCCGCCAGUGUGUCUUGACCAGUUCGAGGCUUUAAUUGGUCGCAGUGAUUUUGCUAACAAGAGGAAUCGAUUGGGUCUUAAUGGAGCUUAACAAAUACAAGUUGCCUUAAAAACCCUCUAUUUACUAUCCAGUGCUCAGCAGACUGGCAUGGAGAUCAUUUGAGGAAGGAACAUUUAAGGCCAGCUCUUGCAGUACUUAGAGGGUUUUUUUUUUUUUAAACCAUCAUCUAUUCAACAAUAUACAUUUUGUUUUCUUAGUGUGGGGUUUUGAUAAAGGAAUUUGUUUGAUGCCAAUCUCUCAUAGGCCUUAGGUUCCUGUUUUAGGCAGUUGUCUCUUUUUUACAGGAUCCUUCUUUCAAUCUGUUUGAUACAUAUCGGCUGCUGUUUCAGGACGCGGCAAACUUCACUCGGAGCGAGGGGUAACUUCUUUAUAAAGGAUCGUCGUUUCUUUUUAUCGGUUUUGUUUAAGGGCUUUCUGUUUCUGUUUUGCUCUCCGUUUCUUCAGGGCUUGGAGAAUUCAGUUUCCAAGCUUUUAGUGUCUCUGCCCAUACAGUCAUUAACAUCGGCCCUUGCAGGAAGCACACUGAGAGCAUGUAUUAUGGUGUAUUUGCUAGGACCACAGAUCUUUUACAGUACAUGAUUUGUCAUAUCCGGAUAUAUAUUUUUUUUUUACAACUGCACAUUAAAAGGAUGCCUUUGUACCAUUUUUGUUUACUAUUACGGCAUACGUCUGGCGUUGGCCAUCAACUGACUACAUGCAGCAGUUCAGAUUAAGUUUGAUCUGGAGUCAUGUUGACGUAUGAGGAUUUUUGGCAUUUGGGGCCUUUUGGACAUCAAGUGUUUAGUUUUACAGUCAGGAUUUGAAUCUAUUGCAGUGGAACUAGAAGUGUUAGCAGCAGUUGCAGUAGGGAAUUCAGUCGUGUCGGAGGUAAAAAUCGCAAGCGUUCAUAAUGAGGAACGAACAAAAAUUAUGAUAGUAAGUAAAAGGAUGAACAAACCGUUUAAACGCAUUCGAUUACUUUAGUAAGAAUAUACACAAACACCAGUGCGGCACAUGCAGAAGCACAUUUCUGCUAUACAUGGGGGGAGGGGGAAUCCAUCCGCGUCUUAUUAUUGUGAGAAAAGUAUAUUGUUGCUACAAUAAAGCAUCAUUAUGAGAAACGAAUUUUAUGCGUAACUCUCAUCUCAUAUUAUCUGUAGCCGCUUUAUCCUGUUCUACAGGGUCGCAGGCAAGCUGGAGCCUAUCCCAGCUGACUACGGGCGAAAGGCGGGGUACACCCUGGACAA